CUUUCCUCUGAAAAAGGGUCCACCAUCUUUGCUUUCCUUCACCGUAAAAAUCACUCAGUCUUUCUUUCCCGGACGAUUCUCUUUUCCGGUUUCCCGGCCGACGACGACUGCAUCUCUCUCUCUCUCAUCUAAUAAACGGACACGUACAGUUUCCCUCGCCAAUUUCCUAACUAACAGCUCUCAAAUGCGGCCAUAGCUUUCACUCUCUUUCCACCUCUACCUUCUUUCCAAUUGCAAUCCCUAACCCUAACGCCAUUGUCAAUGGCGAUUGCAUCACCUUCUACACCCAACUUCUCCGCAUCAUUCUACUCUAAAUAUUCCAAAUCCCAUUCUUCCGCCCGUUUCUCCACCGUAAGAUGCCACCGCACUAAUCCUCCUUUCCAAAAAUCCUCGAUCUCAUCGCGUCUGAAUAGUUCCAAGCCUUCCAACGGCUAUACAGACAGUGAUGGCGAUCUUCAGUAUGAAUACGAGCACGGAGCAUCCGUUUCGCGCCAGCCGCGGAAAGGAAGACCGGUGUUUGUAGCCCUACCGUCUGAUUCUGUAACUUCCGCUGGGAAGAUGCGGAGGCGGAAAGUCAUACUGCAAUCGCUACGGGCGCUUGCAGCGGCUGGAGUGGAAGGAAUUGUGAUGGAAGUCUGGUGGGGGAUGGUAGAGAGAGAUGUUCCUGAACAUUAUGAUUGGCAAGCUUAUGAGGAGAUUGUUUCGUUAGCGGAAGGAUGUGGAUUGAAAGUGCGCGCUGUAAUGGCAUUUCAUCAACGCGGUACAGGGCCUGGAGAUCCACUGUGGAUUCCUCUUCCUCAGUGGGUUCUGGAAGAAAUGGAGAGAGAUCCAGAAAUAUCAUUUUCUGAUAGGUUGGGAAGAAGAAACAAGGAAUACAUUUCUCUAGGUUGCGACUUACUCCCAGUAUUAUAUGGGCGUUCGCCAAUUCAAGCAUAUUCGGAUUUCAUGAGAAAUUUCAGAGAUGUUUUCAGGAGAUAUCUUGGUGUCACUAUAACAGGAAUUCAAGUUGGUAUGGGUCCUUCAGGAGAACUCCGAUAUCCAUCAUGUUCUUCUCAUAAUCUAACUUGGGCUCGGCACAUUAGGGAACUCGGAGAUUUUCAGUGUUAUGAUAAGUACUUGCUUUCAUCUUUAAAUGCUUCGGGCAAAUCAGAAUGGGCAAAUAGGAGUCCCGAAAAUACUGAUUUUUUCGACAAUUCUCGGAGUUCCCAUUACGGAGAUUUCUUCCUAAAGUGGUACUCGAAUAAGCUAUUAUCACACGGAGAAAGAAUCUGUCGAGAAGUAGAAUCCAUUUUCCAUGGCAUAGAAAUCAACACAUCUGCAAAAAUAGGAGCAAUCGAUUGGCAUUAUUACGUAAACUCAGAAGGAUACCUACCGAUUGCUCAAAUGUUUAGCCGCUAUAGAUUCGGUUUAUGUUGUACAUCGUUCGAGGUAAGGGAUUCAGAAGAACAAGAUAAGAACCCAAUUAGCAGUCCAGAAGGUUUCCUUAGACAACUCAUAUUAGCUGCUAGGGUUUGGAAGAUUCCGUUUGAAGGUGAAAACUCGUCAGUUAAUUUGGAUGAUGGCUCGUUUAAGCAGAUAGUUAAGAUGUCGGAUUUUUAUUGUCAUGGAGUUGAAACAGCGUCGUUUUCAUUUAAUUUUGUGAGGAUGGAUAGGAAUUUGUUUGAACCGCGACAAUGGAUGAAUUUUACGAGGUUUGUUAAGCAAAUGUCCGAUGGUGGUGUUUUUCGUGCAAGAUUAGAGUUUGGUGGAGUUGAGGUUGCUUCAAAUAUUAUGGCGGCCAUCGCUUAUUAGAUUUUUAGCGGAUUAUUAUUGUAAUAUUGUUUAGGUAUUAUAUUGUUUUUGUUGUUGUGGUUUUGUAUCAUUGUACUUUAUUUAAAAUGUUAAUCUAAGGAAGAGAAUAAUUGCAUAAUUAAAGCUUUAGUUUAUGUUUU